CUUUAUUUAGGCUGUAAUAAAAUGACAAUUAUGAUUGAACUGUCAUUGUCAUUGUUGCCGGUCGGCGGUCGGCGGUCACUCAGCAUUUAGAGAUGAUAUUAUAGUGUUUAUUGUAUGAAAGUCAUGAAGAAAACUUUUUAAUAGUAAUUAGUGUACAUGCAAAUUAACGGUUUUUGUAAUUUAUUUAUCUACUAGAUUUCAUAAAAAUUGUAGAUUACUUUACCCAUCUUUAAAUACCUACGGAAUAUUAUUCAAACUUUUAUUUGUUGUUGGUACAUUUUGAUGAAGAAACGCUUUAAAAAUGUUAACAAACUUUAUUUUUAUGCUAUUGUAUUUACUGAAUCUUGAAAGUGUUUGUUCUGAUGAACAAACUGGUUUCAUUCUGUACUGUCCUUGUAUGGGAAGAUUUGGUAAUCAAGCAGAUCACUUUUUAGGAGCAUUAGCAUUUAGUAAGGCUGUUAACAGAACUUUGGUUCUGCCUCCAUGGGUGGAAUACAGAUUUGGUGAACCAAGGUCUGUUCAAGUGCCAUUUGAUACAUAUUUCAAAGUUGCUAAUUUAGAAGAAUAUCACAAUGUGAUGACAAUGGAGAACUUCAUGAAAGAUUUAGCUCCUACUAUUUGGCCAAAAUCUGAAAGAAUAUCAUUUUGUUACACUCAAAGAAUGGGUGAACUAGAAAAUAGUUGUAAUGCCAAGUCAGGUAACCCAUUUGGACCAUUCUGGGAUAAUUUUGGUAUUGAAUUCAUGGACUCAGAAUUUUAUGGACCUUUGAAUUAUGAUGCUCAUAAUAAAAUAAUGAUAGACAAAUGGAAAAAUAAAUACCCUUCUACAACAUGGCCAGUUUUGGCUUUUACUGGUGCACCUGCCAGUUUCCCAGUACAAAAAGAAAAUGUUCAUUUACAAAAAUAUCUUGCAUGGAGUGAUGACAUAGCUAACAAGGCUAAAUUAUUUAUCAAGAAAAAUAUGAGUGGUGGUGCAUUUUUGGGCAUACAUUUAAGAAAUGGACAAGAUUGGGUAAAAGCUUGUCAGCAUGUCCAAGAUAGUACUAUGCUAUUUGCUGCACCACAAUGUGUUGGUUAUAGAAAUGAAAGAGGUCCACUCACAUUGUCCAUGUGUCUACCGCAGCCAUCUGAAAUUAUCAAGCAAGUAAAGAGGGCUCUCAAGAAACUGGAUAAUGUUAAGUACAUCUUUGUGGCAUCAGAUUCCAACCAUAUGAUAAAUGAUUUAAACAAAGCAGUACAUCAUUCUGAAGUUAAAGCUAUCAAACUACAGCCAUCUAAUCCACAUUUAGACUUAGCAAUUCUGGGCCAAGCUAAUUACUUUAUAGGAAAUUGUGUGUCAUCCUUUUCGGCUUUUGUAAAGAGGGAAAGAGAUGCAAGAGGUUUACCUUCCGAAUUUUGGGCAUUUCCACACAGAAAGAAAAGCAAACAUGAAGAAUUGUGACAUAAAACUGCAUUAUUUGCUGAUCAGGUAUUUAUAGCAAAAUUUUAGAAACUAGUGAAUUACCCUGUCCUUGCAUGUAUCUGUCUAUUCUAAUUACAAAUAUUAGCAAUAAUGGACAAUGUACAUUUUUUUGAAUAAAAACUAUUGUGAGACAUACUAAUAUGUAUAUAAUUUACUGAAAAUAACGACUUUCUCACGUGACGAACUGAGAAAAGCACACGCGCACAUCGUACGCUCGGGCCUAUGAAUAAGAGUCACAACAGGACGCUUAU